UUUGAAUCCAUGUACUCUAUCAAUUUUACCUUAGGCAACCAGAUACCUACUUACAGUAGCGUGCAAAUUAGUUUGGGACAGCAGCAAAAUCACAACAUUACACCAUUUUUCAACAGCUCGCUACAACAAUACCGCUAACAAUUUUGAAAAAAAAAUUACAGGGGGUGAAAGCCCUAUCCUUUACGAAAAUUUUGAUGUGUUAGAACCAAGAAAAAUAAGUUUCUAUAAGCUCAUAAAAGCUCACUGAAAUAAAAAUCAGAAAAUUUUCAGUCUUUUAGUUUUCCGCAUUUACCGGACGAACCGUACGUCCUAGCAAAAAUCUGAUGACAUUAAGCUGAAAGAGAAUUAAAUUCUCUACAAUUUCGUUAAUGUAAAAUUUUCGUAGGACGCUCGGUUUCAAAACUGUACACCUUUAAAGUUUGAGUAAAAAACGUUGCUGCAACUUUUUUUUAGUAAAAAAACCAACUUUUUUAAACUAAAACUUCAAAGACGUGCAGUUUUGAAACAGAGCGUCCUACAAGAAUUUCAUGUUAACGAAAUUGUACAGAAUUUAAUUCUCUUUCAGCUUAAUCCCAUCAGAUUUUUGCUAGGACGUACGGUUCGUUCGGUAAAUGCGAAAAACUACAGUAGCGUGCAAACGUUGGUUUUUCUAGUAACUCAAACUUUGAAGGCGUGCAGUUUGGAAACCGAGCGUCCUACGAAAAUUUUAUCUCAACGAAAUUGUAGAAAAUUUAAUUCUCUUUCAGCAUAAUGUCAUCAGAUUUUUGCUAGGACGUACGGUUCGUCCGGUAAAUGCGGAAAACUAAAAGACUGAAAAUUUUCUGAUUUUUAUUUCAGUGAGCUUUUAUGAGCUUAUAGAAACUUAUUUUUUUUGGUUCUAACACAUCAAAAUUUUCGUAAAGGAUAGGGCUUUCACCCCGUGUAAUUUUUUUUUCAAAAUUGUUAGCGGUAUUGUUGUAGCGAGCUGUUGAAAAAUGGUGUAAUGUUGUGAUUUUGCUGCUGUCCCAAACUAAUUUGCACGCUACUGUACAUGAAGGUAUUGAAGGUAACGUAACGGUUGCUAGUUCUAAAUUUUUUACAAUUCUUUUGGAUUUUUGUCAAUUUCGCGGUUUAUUCUUAAUGGUCUUGAUUGAUAAUUUUAUCAGAUAAAUUACCUACUUAUAUGCAAAAGUGUAUCAAACUUACGUAGGUACUUCUGCUACCUGGAUUUUUUUUUUCAUUUUCUAUUUGUUUACUUUCAAAAAAAAAGUUGCUCCAUUUUGCAUUUCUUGCACCAGGCGGUGGAGUUUAUUUAUAGAUAUAAUAGGUACAUACAUAUAAGUACAUAAUACAACUUACUUACAUCUAUAGAAACUAAUAAUCUACCUACCUACGUAUUUUAUAUUCACACGUUCAUAAUCUUGUAUCUUGAUCAUUUAUUGUUUAUUGUAUUGUACCUUAGUGUUAGGUUUAGUAGGUACAUAUUUUUAUAAAAGAACUUGUUGAAUUUUUUUCUUGUAAUUUUGUGAAAUUAAUCAACAUUAAUAACAUUUCUUUAGAGUUCUAAAUUUUGAAAUUUUGAAAAUUACUCGGAGCUGUUGAGAAAAAUCACGCUGACAAGAGAAUCACUCCACUCCUUCGCCACAGAUUUGAAAAAUUCUUGAAUGAGCCACGAACCUAUUUGUGAAGAGUACAUACUUCAAAACAAAUCCAAAAUUUCUGCAGCCUUUUAUUAUUAAAUUUUUUAGAUUCCUCUUACAAUCCAAAUUUUUUAAAAAUUGACGAAAAAAAAUAAAAAUUUCAAAAUUACGGCAUAUACUUAGAGCAGGUGGUUCAUCUGAACACAUUCCCGAAGAAAUAAUUUAUGUGCCAAUUUUUUCCUUUUUGACAUCGCUUUUUUACGUUAUUUUCCUGCUCUAAUAGAUAGGUAAUUGAAUUUAAAAUCUGAAAUUUUGGUUAUUAACGUGAAUAAAAGAGCGUGCAUUUAUGCACCUGCAAUUCAAAUUUUAAGGAGGCAUCAAAUUCUAAAAUGUACCUAUUAAUCUUUUCUCAUUCCCGGCUAUUGGUUAUUCGAAAUAAUUUUCAAUGAUCUCUUACUUUUAAUUCAACUGAGUCUUCGUUAAAUUACUUACAAACUGUAUUUACGGCGCAGCUUAUGCAAUUUUAUUAACACGCUGCACAAAACAAUGUACCUAUUACGAGUUUUGCUGUUUAUUGAUGGGUGAAUUUCCUGAUCUUGAGGGAGGUGUGUGCGAUCCGUUUGAAUUGGGAGGUCCCUGGUCCCAUGCCAUCUGUACCUUCCAUACCUUCGCUUAUGUGAACUACUGUAUUAAAUACCUUUCCGAAACAUUAAAAUAAUGAUUUUUUGGUAAUUUUCAGUGAUUUUAGAGCUGUUUUUCAAGUCUUUACGUCAUCAUUUUCGACAAGUUUUCAAGCGUUUUCCAUGCAUUUUUGGGCCAAUUUUACUGAAAUUUCAUGAUUUUUUGUAGCUUUCAAAGUUGCCCAAGUUUGAAUAUUUUUUUUUUUACUCCUCAGGGAAGCUUUGGCUCAUGAACAAAUGCGCUAAUUUGUAGUCGGGAAGUGUACCAACACAUCUAUAAUGUCACUUGAUCCAUUAUUUGAAAAUUCGAAAAUCCAGAAACCAACCUUUUCAGGUUACCUACCUACUUACCUAAUUAAAAUGAAUAAAAAAUCGAUUUUUUUUUCAUAUGCUAUUUUAACAGCAAUGAAAAAUAUCUCCGUCAUUGCUAUGAAUGUUCUAAUAAUGUUUUCAUUAUUUUCUGAAUGGAAAGAAAAAAAAUCGUAUAAGACCUCUAUUUCAAAAUAUUAAACCUACUUUUCAUUAGUUCGCAUCCGAAGUCUGAACGACUCGUUUUAUCUUUGCGCAUGUGCCGCAAACAUCAAACAUGUGACGUGUUGUAACGUUAUCAAUAUAGAUAUACCAUACCACUACCUACCGUUAAAAUUGUGUAUAGAUCUUAGUUUUAUAUUAUUUAUUAUUCAUUACUUAGUUGGGUAUUAAACUGUUCGUGCUUUUCAAAAUAUUUACAUUAAUUGCUUUUCAGUAACGAGAAUGAAAGCUGGUGUCAGUAGGUACCUACAUAGAUCAGAUUCCAGCAGGAACAUCUUGAAAACUUCCAUGCUCUGAAACGAGGUUAUUAACAGAAAAACAAAUGAAGACUACAGUCCGGAAAAAUUCUGAUGAACAACCAUCAACAUCAGGCUAUAAAAAAAGACAAAAAAUUGAUGAAAAUGCAUCAGACUCGUCUACAGAGUGCUCAGAUGAAGAUGCAGCUCAUCCACGUACAAUGUACUCAGCACAAAGCCUGGGGAAAACUGGAGUUAAACGAUCAUCGACGCUUCCGAAACAAAAUAUUGAUUCCGAAGAAAAUACGUCACAAAGUGGAAGGCGAGAGUGCUAUGAUGCUGCAGGACUGAAACGAUUUUUUCACGGUAUUAUUUAUCAAUCAAAAUUAUUGAUUCACUUUUUAGAACGUGGCUUAGAUCAGCGGAAACUGAAUGUCAGGUAUUGUUUUGGUAUAGCAACUGAAAUGAUUGCCGCUGAAAAGUUUGAUGAUGUAGUCUUCCGAUACAAGGAUAACUAUUCUGAUACAGAAUUUACAUAUCGUUUUGUGCAGGCGAAGCACAAAAUUGAUAAAACAAUUGUGAUCCGUGAAGAUGAUUUACUUGACCAAAAAGACGGUGAUUUCAGCUUACCAAAAUACUUUGUUUCUUUUCUCAGAAUUGGAAAAAACUCAUUAUUUCGAGAUGGUGAACUGAGAGAUUUUACAAUUUUUACAAAUAUUUCAUUGGAUAAAAGUUUAGAAGUUAGCUGUUUUGAGUCGGUGAAUAGGGAUGAUGAAAUUUUUGAUUUUAAAACAGGGAAGCGUUUAAAACUCAAUUUGAACAAAUUCCCUAACUAUAAUGAAUUGGAAUCAGCGCUGGUAAAUGUGUCAGACUGUAAAAUAUUGGCAAAGCAGCUUGCUGAAUGUAUAUCGAAAGGCAAUAUCAUAAAUUUUAAAGAACCCCUAUUUAAGCUGUACCACCGUGCGUUACGCAAACAUGUAAUUGAGGUAAAGGAUAAACAGCGUGCACCUAAGAGGGGAGAUAGUGAAGGAAAAUACGUCGUUGCUAAUUUUUUUGAAAAUUUUGCUCGUGGACACAAUUUGUCAUCUUCUGCACAAAGUUUUAGGAAUGUUUUCUUCUCAGAAUAUUUUAAUGGGCCACCAAAUCAGGCAAUAAAAAUAGCGCAUUCUUUUGUAAAAUAUUUUGACCCUGAGAAAAAUGCCAUCCUUAGUGAUGCAAAAGAGUUAGCUAAAGAAAUUUUUAAUUGCAUUGAUGAGUCUAAGAAUGGCACUGUUAUACUCAGUAGGAAAAAAAAGUACAUUCAAAAUGAUAUUGACAAAUUAGCAGGAUUUGUAUUUACAAAGAGACCUGGCACAGACCCAGGUAUCUAUCAUUUUAGUAAACUAUUUUUAGAUAAAAGCUACGCAUUCUCGUCUGGCGAUUUGAAAUCUUUCAAGACGGAAUCGUUAAAAUUACUCAAAAAUAAAGAUGAGCUGUUAAAUUUAGAAUUUCGCAUUGCAGAUUUUGCGACAUGUGAAGACAAUGAGGUACUUUCACAAAUUGAUUUACCUGAUGAAGUUUCAGAACAAAAUAUAACAGAUUUUUUUAAUCAUUUAGUAUUUGCCGUUGGUAUGCCCGGUGAAAGCGAGCUUAACGAUAUUAUUGCAGAACGUAUGGCUGAAAAAUUUGGGUUGGUUGAUAGUGAAUUUCCCACGAGUAAACUUGCGAUGGAUAUACAAGAGUGGAUGAAUGCCACAAAGGGGUACUUUCUUACUGAUGAAUAUGCUGAAGAUUUGGUAAAAAAUAUUAGGAAAAAAAUUUUAGUGUUAAAUGUAAGUGGCAUUACUUUGAAAUAUCGCACAGAAAUUGAAGCCUAUGGUAUGGAAUUUAGCGAUAUGGUUAUCCCAUCAAAUUUGACAAAUUUCUUGACUUCAACUACUAAUAAACAAAUUUUCAACUUGAUUAGCUCAUGUGAGGUUACCACACUGAGUGCAAUCAAAGUAUUUCAAGCGUUGAAAGAUACAAACGCAUAUAAGGCAGGUGACAGUUUCAUUGCAAUUCAUCUGGAUUCCAUUUCGGAUGAUCGUAUAAGAAAUUGCAUAGCGCAAGCUUUCAGCUCUGAAGUAUCAAAUAAUCUCUUGGUGAUUGAAUGCGGAGCAGCAGAAGUAGUUGAUAGACAGCAAUUACUUUUGUCAUUAUUUUCUACAAUAAAAAAAUACAACAAAAAAAAACUGUUCUCAUAACUCGGCAGCAUGAUCCUUUACUUGAAGAUUUUAGAAGGCAUUUCCCUGGAAUUAAGUGGCAUGAAGAAAUAGAUGAAAAAAAUAGCCUAAUUGAUCUGAAAUCACAUUCACAGACUGUACUUUGGGGCAAAAAGAUACAAUUUCAAGAAAGAAAACCAGCCCCGAGCUUGGGUUCAUUGUUGAAUGACGAUUACGAAUCAAAAUGUAUGUUGGGAAAAGCGCUUGAAGGAGAACUAUUAUUAGAAUUAAUUACGAGUAAAAGUGAAGAAAUGAAAAUUGGUAAAGCGCCGAAAGAUGAGAAUUACGAUAAUACAAAAUAUUAUUUCAUCAACCGAUUGUUCUUCCGCUGCAUACAAGUAAAUAUUGAUGAAAUGUUUAAAAAAAAUAAAUCUGAUUUUGUUCUCAUUAAAAAAACACAAGAAAUUACUAAGCACAAUGUCCAGGCAACACAUGAUAUUGUAGUAAUAGCUGAUACAGAUGAAGACUUCAUGAAAUGCUGUGAAAGCUACAAUAACAACGUUCACUGCCUAAAAAAUAGUGGAGAUGAUUGCGUAUGGCAACAGUCUCGAGGUAGUGAAUCAAAAUUACGAAAAUUCAUAAAAACCACUGAACAAAGCAGAGAAAAUCAUGAACUAAAAAGCGUUUUGGAUAUACCUGACAAACCGAAACGAGUAAAUAUUGAUGAAAUGUUCAAAGAAACGAAAACUGGCUUUGUUCUCAUUGAUAAAACGCAAGAAAUUAAUGAAUACAAUGUCCAGGCAACACACGAUAUUGUACUAAUAGCAGAUACAAAUGAAGACUUCAUAGAAUGCUGUGAUAGCUACAAUAACAACAUUCACUGGCUAAAAAAAAGCGGAGAUGAUCGCGUAUGGCAACAGUCACGAGGUAGUAAAUCAAAAUUACGAAAAUUCAUAAAAACCACUGAACAAAGCAGAGAAAAUCAUGAACUAAAAAGCGUUUUGGAUAUACCUGACAAAGUUGUCCUAAUUGCUGCUGAGGCAGGCAUGGGGAAAUCUGUUAUUUUAUCUCAUUUAGCGAUAAAUACACCCACUGUUCCAUAUCCUGUAUGGAUUGUGAGGUGUAAUUUAAUGGACUAUUCAUCCGAUUUUUCAGCUUGGAUGAAAUCUGAAAAGAUCAUCAGUGCGAAAGAAGCUGUAAAGUUUCUUUAUAAAAUCACAAAAUUAAAAUUAUUCAAAGAAUGCUCUAAGAAUAAUGUUAAGGAAGAACAAAUACCAGAUAAUAUUUUACACUUCCGAGAUGAUGGCAAAGUUGAUUUAAAAAGCAAUGAAUUGAAACGAAAUAAAAAUGUGUCAAUAUUAGCGCUAUUCGAGGUAGAAUUGUUUACUGUGCUUUAUAAUCAAGGUAGGAUAGUCCUAUUGUUGGAUGGAUUUGAUGAAAUUACUCCUGAAUAUAAGCAUCAAGUAAUUAAAGUAAUUGAGAAUUUGAAACAUCAGUUGGAAAAAAUAUGGAUGACAACUCGUCCCAUUCAUAUUUAUGGUGAAGUAGAAGAUGAGUUUAGUACAUUUUCAUACCAACUAACAUCAUUUACUCUGGAUGACCAAAAGAAAUUUUUAAUGGAAUUUUGGAGAGAAAAAUUGAAACAUGUCGAAUUGAAUGAACAAUGCUCCACAGUUUAUAUUGAUAAGCUGCUAGAUAAGUUCUCUUCUUGUACAAAUGAUUUACAGAUAAAAUUUGUAAGUGUGCCUUUGCAAGUAUACAUGCUUGCUGAGAUUUUCUCAGUUGCAUUUCAAGAAUUUCAUGAAUCUGGGAAUUCAGAACUUUCUGAAAAAGACCAAGAAAUACUUAACGAAAGGUUGAAUUUAAAUUCUUUGUAUCAGAAAUUCACUCUUAUGAAAUACCAUGUAGAGCAAAAGAAGAUAAAUCCUAAAUAUGAUUAUCACAUAUGUAAGGUUGGGUGGGAUAAAGUAGAUGACAUGCUGUAUAAGGGAUAUUUGGAAUGGCAUAGAAAAUUAGCUAUUCGUGUUACAUUUAGCGAAGAUGAGAUCAACAAGUUCCCUCCUAAAGUAAAAAAUGUUAUUGAAAAUGUUGAAGAAGGACUGUUGAAAAGCGGUAUUGUUUAUCGUAACUCAAAUGGAAUACCUAUCUUUAUACACCAAACAUUUGCCGAAUAUUUCACAGCUGAUUUCUUAUGGCUACAAUUUAAAUUAAUUGGAUUUGAUGACUGUGAAAAAUUUAUUGAUGACAUUAUUUUUGGAAAGUUAAUUAAGGAUAACAAGAAAGAGAUUUGUGAAUUUCUUAAAUCAAUAGCUGAAAAGGAUUUAAAAGAUAAUAAGAUGAUUUUCGAAUCUAAAAAACUUGAAACUCUGAUGCUGAAGCUUUUUAAUGUAAUUAUAAAAGGUUUUUUAUACGGGGGGAGUACCAAUGAAAAAAUGGACCUAGAUUCGUAUGACCAUUAUUACCGUCUUUAUGAAUUGUUAUGGAUAAUAGAGGUUGCAUUGAGCUCAUGUCAAGUAAGUGUUCCAGAAAGUAUUGGAAAUUGGUAUUGUGAUGAUUGUAAAAUUGAUGAGCAGCAAUAUGAUUUACUUAGAGCAUGUAUACAAUGGGGAUAUGCUGAAUUAGUAAAAGCACUAAUAUUAAUUAAAAAAAACAGCAAACAAUUUUUAGAAUUUCGUUUGAUGCAGGAGUAUGAUGAAAUUCAUAAUUGGCGUGAUUCUCUUUUAGUGAUUGCAAUUGAUCAUGAUCACCAACAUAUUGCAGAAUUUUUCCUUAAUGUCUACAAUAUCUAUUGGAAGGAUGAUAAUGGUAAUACUUUGAUUUCCUGGGCUCUUUUUGAGAAAGACUUUAAAGUCUUGGAUUUCCUUUCAAACAUGAAAGUUAUUGAUUAUGGUAAACCUUAUAUGGGCAAUCAUCAACAAAAGCUGUUGUUUCUUGAAGGCAUGUACGUGGGUUCAUCAAAUAUAAUUGAAUUUUUGAUGGACAAAACAGAUAUUCAUAUAGUAGAUGAAUUUUUUAGUUCUCAUGAAUGGAACAGGUUCUCUUUUCAUCUUGGUGUUUCUUUGUUCACAUCUGAUGAAAAAGUAAUUGAGCUUGGUAUGAAACAUGGGAUUGAUUUUUCCAAUACUAUGAAUAUCGUUCUCAGUCAUAUUUUGCAGAACUUCCUCAGAGAAACGUUGUGCAAUUCUUUAUCUGAAGUGCUCGAGAUGAGCGAACUAAUCUUGAAAUCUGGCGGGACUUACAAUUGUAAGAAUAUCAAAAUUAGUGACCAAGCAUCAUCUGAACCCGUUCAUGGUAUCUUAAAUGAUUUUAGCCAAAACUUUGAUUUCAAAACUUUUUCAUCCGAAAGAGAACAUAAAACAACAACAUUAUAUUACAGCGAGUGUUUAUAUCUCAUUUGUAUGCUAUUAUUUAAGGCAGAAGUAAUAAUACGUGGUAAAUUUUAUAUCAAGAUCUUUGACUUGAGCGGUACCAGGAUAUGGAUUAAAAGCGAUGACAUUAUUAAUAAAGAUGGGCAGCAAAAUCCGUUACUUGAUGAACAGGGCUUUGUUUUAACACAAAAUGCCCUAGAAAAAGUACUUUCUUUCAUGAAUACGGAACCAAAAACUUGUGACGGUUAUCCUAAAGAUCUCAUCCUGGAUAAUCAUUUGUCAGCUCUCAAUAGUUCUCAACAAGUAAAUUAUCUCAUACUUAGUGAAUUGGAAAAAUUUUGGCUGAAAAGAUUAAUUACUGUGUCGACGAAGUAUAAUUGUCGCAGUUAUGUCUUAUGUGAAGAGUUGUUAAGAGAAAUACAACGAGUAUCAUCAAAAUUGAAAAAUGUGGCUCAAGAAAUGAAAAAAAUUUCUAGCAAUAAAGAGUUUUUAUUCAAAAAUAAAGAUUUAUUACAAAUUUUAGUAACAGAGAGUAGCUCUAAUGAUUUUUGUAAUAAACUACUAAGUGCGGCGUCAACAAUAGAAAAUCUAGGAAAUUAUCAUUGUAUAAGUGAAGCCUUAACAAAAGCAGUGAAAUAUGGCCAAAUUAGACUAGACCCAGAAGGGAUUUAUGAUAAGUCAAAGAACUUUUAUGAAUUAUUGAAAAAGUUGGACGAAUCGUAUAAAAAGCUUACAGCUGCUGUAGAUUCCAACAGCGAUCAAGUUAUACGUGACAUGUUAGAACAAAACCCAGAUCAUAAAAAAUUAAUCAUUCAUGGUCAAGAUGAAAGAUUUGGCUCACCUUUACAUUAUGUCGCAAGUAAAGGUGAUGCAAAAAUUAUCGAAAUUCUUCUAUCUCACGGAGCUAAUCCAAAUCUUAGAUUGGUUGAAGAUGGCAUACCUGAACUACUAUCAACUUCUAAAAAUUCUGAACAAAUAGAGGAUAAUGAAAGCUGGGCAUCGGAUUACUACAGUUGGACCCCAUUGCAUUUGGCCGCCUUGAAUGGCCACGUUGAAGUAGUCCAGCUUUUAUUACAGAAGGGUGCUAAAGUUGAUUUGAUCACUGAUGUUAAAGCUACUAAUAAAGGAAAUACAUCACUGCAUCUGGCCACUUUACGGGAUCAUUUCGAUACUGUGGUAUUACUUUUGAAAAAUGGAGCAUGCUUUGACGCAAAAAAUGACGAAAAUAAGACACCUCUUGAAUUGGCUGAGCCUGGAUCUGAUGUAGAACUUGUGUUGCAGGUCAUUGAUGAAUUAUUUCGGGCUAUUAAGGAGCGUAGAAAAGAUUUAGUGUGUUCUUUAUUAACAGCAUAUGGUUCGGAUUUAUUAGAAGCAAUCUUACAUGCGAAAAAUUCAGAUAAAAAGACACUUAUAUGCAUUGCUAGAGAUAGUAAGCAAGAUGAUGUGGUAGACUUGCUUGAGGAAAAGUCGAGAUCUUUACAGUCUUGAAUCCUUGUCAAUUUUACUUACCUAAUGUGAUUAGAUACAUAAAGGUAGAGUAAGUGGUAGUAAAAUGGACCACCUUAGCUUUUUUUCAGGUAAUUUUUUUCCAAGUCAAGUAUUUUUGGUCACAUUGAAUUAUAUGAUUCAAAUGAUAAUUGAUAGGUACCUAAGUAGAAGUGUCUCAAGUAAGAUAGACCUAGAAUACUUUGAAAAUGUUACACGAGAGAAACAAUUUUCAUUUUGUUGAAGGUAUCAAAAAAUGGGUCCUGACUUUGUGAGGUGGUAAAAUGAAGCACUUUAAAAAAUAUGUCUCAUUUUCAAUAACAUUUGCAAAUUUCAGAAAAUAAAUUCUGUCAUCUCGAAAAAUAACUAAUUAGUGGCAUCCCAUCAUCUAAAAUGAUGUCCCGCUAUGGAAAUUAAAUAGUCUUCCAUAUUUUCCCACAAGGUAGCGCAACUGGAUUUUCCAAUGCGAAAGGUGAGUGGUCCAUUUUCCCACCACUUUAUUCUACUUAGGUACCUACAGGCUACAACUAUAAAAACUCAAGUGUUCUUAAUUCUAAAUUUUUUACAUUAUUUUUUUUAGGUUUUCGUCAAUCCCAUGGUUUAUUCUUACUGAUUUUGAUCGAUACUUUUUUUUUAGAUAAAUAAUUACCUAGUAUACUUGUGCAAAUAUGUACCUAUCCACUAUCCAGUAUCCAUCUUAUGUAGGUUGUAGGUACUUUGAUAUAUUAUUCGGCUACCUUUUUUUUUGCGGGUUCCCCAGUCCCAACGUCUCGUAAAGGUAGUUUUAUUUUAGUUGCUCCACUCCGCACCAAGCGGUAGAGUUCAUUUAUUGAUUUAAUUUUUAUAAAAAUACCUACAAUUUACAUCUAAGAUUAAAACUAUAAUAAUAAUCUAUUAUGUAGGUAUUUUAUAUUUACACGUUUACAAUCUCGAUUCUAGUCUGGUCAUUUAUUGUUUAUUGUAAGUAUGUUUGGUAUUUUUAUAAAAAAAACUUGCUGAUUUCUUUUCUUGUAAUUCUAUAGAAUAAAUGAACAGUGUUGCAGAAAAAAGUACCUACACCUAGGUAAGUAUCUAUUAUUUUGUAAAAAUUACAAAAGUUGAAUCAAUACUUGAAAUUUUCAAAUCAAAUGGUUUUGGCGUGAAAGAGACCAUACACAAUCGUGCAUUAGAGUUAUAAAUUUUGAAAUUUUGAAAAUUACUCGGAGCUUUUUAAAAAAAUCACGCUGGCAAGUGGCAAGAGAAUCACUCCAGCCCUCCUUCAAGUAUUUAAAUUUGAAAAUUUUUUGAAUAUAGGCUUAUUUGUACAGAGUAUGUCCAAAAAAAUUCCAAAAUUUCUGCUACCUAAAUUUAUUUUUCGAUUUUUUGGCAUAUUUCUCAUACGAGUACAAUCCAAAUAUGUUUUAAAAAAUGAUGAAAAAAUGAAAGUUUCAAAAUUACGGUAUUAUUGAGUUGAAAAUUUGAAAUUACGUGAAUGAAAGAUCGGUGAAACUAAUUUUUAAUUUUUUCCGCCUAAAAAGUAUUUUUUUUACGAAUGUUUUUUAAAUGUACUUAAGGGUUCUAAUUUUUCAACUUUUCUCCCAAUAAAAACUUUUAAGGUUACCUAUGUAGGUAUACUUGAAGCUCAAAAAUUUUAAAUACUUGAUUGAAAAAGAAACUCUCAAGUAGGUAAGUCACAGAUUCAUAGGAGCAUUUACUGCGGUUUUAAAUUUUUUUGGGAAAAAAGUUGCAGUAAGGUUUUAAAGCCAAUUUUUCUCUUAUUCGAAAACAAAUGUUUCAAAAUAUCAUUGAAAAACUGAUCCUGAAAACUUCUUUUGGAAAAUUAUUUUUUUUAUUUCAAAAAUAUGUACGACAUUUUUUCGAGAAGAUUAAAAAUAUGUAGAUUGAGCUUAUAAAAUGGUAACUAAUUUUCAACUUCCAAUAAAACCACAUCCAAUGCAACCUGCCUCCAGAUAGCCUUUCAAAAUUUUCAAAUUUUGCGAGAAAUCGCAUACUUAUCAAGUUAUCAGUGAUAAUUACAAAAUCAACUAGAGCCAGGGUGGAAAUUAUGGUGAAUACAAUACUCGACCAUGAAAAGGAACUUGUAAAAGAUCGAACGAAAUUGAGAAACCGCUUCAAGGUAAGUACACUAAGUAGGUACUUAUGCGUUUUAAAUUUUUUACUUGUUGUGUGAUUAAUUCACGGCAAACUGGUUAUGCAAUUUUAUUAACGUGUUGGCGAUGCACAUUUCUUAUAAGUACCUAUUCAUCACCAUUGUUCAUCAUUCUAUUUGUGAUGAAUAAUUUUUUUCUGAGUUAGUCAGUCAAGUACACCAGAUAAUUCACAUCAUCAAAAAAAUAUAUUGCAUUAGUUUAUCCAGAUUUUUAAUUUAAACAUUACACAAAAAACAGUUUUACAAUCCGAAAGCUUAGUUAUUUUAAUUUACAAAACAAUAACAAGAAAAGAAGGAAUCUAACAAAUUUUUAAAAACAUUUCACGUACACCACAAAAAUAAACAUGUAAACAAUAAAUUAUAAUUAUCACCACUUGAAAAGUGGAAUUUUAUAAGAACGAGUUUGUAAAAAAAUUCGCUAACAAAACAAUAUUCUAAAUCUACUAGAAAAAAAUGGUAUUAUACUUCAUAACACUAAUGUGCAAAUUCACUAUAGGUAAAUAGGUUUACUUUACAAUUUUUCAAAAAAGUAUUUUCUAAUGCCAUAUUCCAGUCCAUUGAUCAAUUCAAUAUAACCUUCG